CCCAUUACUAACUUUUCAUCAAUGUCCAAUUGCAAUAGCCCUCCCCUGUAUGUUCCCAUGCCAUAUUCACCAAAGUCACCUCCUCUGCUCACCUCCACGACAUCAACAUUCAUCAGUCCUACAUCACCUGAAUCACCAACUACAUCCAUAUCAUUUCUCUUUUCUCAGAGUAAUGUUGUAUCACCAAGUUCCACCACCAAUCAAUCUCCAAUUCUAAGCGAAUCAUCAUCUUCAUCCUCACCACCCGUGUCACCAACCUCUACCUAUGUACAACCACUUCCAUCGUCGGCCAAGAAGAAAGGUCGACCAGCAGGAGUCAAACCUGAGGAGUGCCAAAGAUGUCAUAAACGUUAUACACCAGAGUGGAGGAAAGGUGAGAACGGUAUAGACCUCUGCAAUGCUUGUGGCCUAAAGUAUAUCAAGAAGAAUAAGCAAGCAAUGUUGGCCAAGGAGAGGCACAGUCUGAGAAAGAUACUCAACUGCAGUGGCGAGGAAAUUGUGCCACCUCCACCACAACAAUCAACAGAGAAUGAGGAGUUGGAGGAUGAGCCAAAAGUUAAGCAGGACAAGUCCAACAAAAGGAAGAAG